CCUCAAUCACAGGAGUUUCAGGACAGAGAAGCAGAGUUUCAUCCUGAGCUGCACGGCAACUUACAGACGCCAACAUGAAAACUCUCGCAACUUUUUUGGUUUUGCUGAAUUAUUUUACCAGAUGCCACGGUUGGAUCUGCACUACUGCUCCUUCGCACCAGGCUGCAUCCCAGGUUGAUGCUGGCAACGGAAUGGUUGUGAUGACUGAUAAAAACUCCAACUCCUUCUUCUUGAGUGAUUCAAGUUGGUCCAAACUGGGCUCAGUUCCUCUCAAGCACGUCUCGGUGGGGUCUGCAGGUGUCUGGGGAGUCGACCGCGACAACAAAGUCUAUAAAUUUUCAGCUGGCGAUUUCUUUCCUACUCAUGGUCAAGUGUUGAUCCAGGUGGAUGCUGGAGACGGUAAAGUAGUGGGAGUCACCAGCCAAAACACCAUCCAUUGCCUGGACGCCAACAGUGCCGCUGCCAUUGAGGAGGAGGGUAACUUGAACUGGAGAACCAUUCCUGGGUUAUUGAUGUAUUUCAGCUGUGGUCCAGUUGGAUGCUGGGGAGUGAAUUCGGGUCAAGACAUCUUCUUCACGAAAGCCUCACCAGAUUCCUGCAGCUUAGGUGGCUGGAAUAGAAUCGAUGGAGCUGCUGUGAAAGUCGAAGUUGGGAGUGAUGGAAGGGUCUUUGUUGUGAAUCAAUCUGGAAAUGUCUAUGAAAGAACCGGUAUCUCUGAAGCAGCUCCACAGGGCACAGGUUGGACCCAAAUCUCUUUCUGUGUGUCCAUCAAACACGUGACCUAUGACCUGGGACGUCUGUGGCUUCUGACUGAUGCUGGUGUCAUCCUGAACUGUAUCUAGUGUCCACUUCACACAUUCUGUUCCUUCUGAUAACUUCUUUGGGUUAAUCCCAUGUGAGCUUUAUCAGUAGAGGAUCUCGAACAGUCUUCAGAUUAAUCAUGAUAGGGGAUAAAAAUCAAGGUGGGGAUAGAAGUUAUGAAAUGAUUAUGCUUGAAAUGAAUCCAACAAUGCAGGAAAUAAAAGGAAAGUUUCAAGCACUACUUUUUCAAAUGACAUACAUUUCAAAAAGUAUGAAUUUGGUGUUCAAUCUUUCAGCUUUUACAAAUAAAACAUUAAAAUGUGAUUUUAAGGAAACAAUAAACUCUUCCAUUGAUCAGCAGAA